AUGUUGAAAUUUCUACUCAUCGUCUGGUUUAGUAUCAGCGUGGCUGAGGACUUCAAAGUCCCAAAACCGACCACAACUCAGGCUAAAUGGCUAGAUUACGAAGUUGGAGCUAUAGUUCACUUCAACAUGCAGACAUUUGAUCGAUAUAUGAAACCAGGUAGGCACUUUGCCGGGUUUUUCUUUGAAAUAACAUAAAUUUUUUCCUAGUGCUAGAUAAAUUCAGAUGACAGGAUGGUCUGAUCUAGAUGUAACUCUGCUAAAAUAAGGAGAAAUUAAAUGCAGUAAAUUCUGUGCCUUAUCGUUUCUUUCAAGGGGGUGUAGUCGUUUGGAAAGCAAACUUUGACGUUUCGAGGCCUUACUGACUAGACGUAGCCUCGUACAAUGAGAUGGAACUGACCAAAGUAUUCCAAGCGUGCUUCAAAGAAAAAAAAACACGUAUAAACACAGGAAAAUUAAAAACCCUGUCACGGAAGAGACUUUAAUUGGCUUCGUCCUCCGGCGUUUAAAGAAGCGCCUGAGGUAAAUCGUUGAACGUAUUCAGGGUAGGCUGUGGAACGAAAUUAUAAUAAAGAUUCGCAAUUCACGGCCACAGAAGUACAGUUGUGACCUUCUGAUGAAGAUAACCUUCAGCACUGGGCUAUAUUUUAUGUCCUCUCAAUCCAGCAAUCCCAGGGGUUUUUUGAGCUAAUACAGACCCCAAAAAUACGUUUCAAAAAGCGCCUUACAGAGGGUAAAGUUUGUCGAUUCUCUUCUUCUACAGCCUACGAGUACUUUUCGUCGCCCUAUUCUUCCCGCCAAAAUUUCCCAAAAAUCACUGAGUGAGCCUGGUCGCAAGCUUCUUCAUCUUUAUAGAACCAACAGCGUAUGUUCGGUAAAGACACGUCAUACACACUGCAUGAAAAAUUGGAUUACACAAAAUUUACUCAGUGCAAAUUUGGUGCAAAAAAGUGCAAACUAAGGUUAAAUAAAGGGCAAAGAUGGUAAAUACCGUAUUUGCCCUAAAAUUUACACCCCCAUGUACUCUGGCAAGCAAAUGCCGUAUUUACCAUCUUUGCUUUUAAUUUCCCCCUAGAUUGCACUUUUUUGCACCAUAUUUACACCGAGUAAAUUGUGUAAAUCCAAUUUUUCGUGCAGUGACAGUACAAUUGCAAAUAGUCGCUGGGCAAAAGAAGUCCGCAUUCGACAUCUCCCCGCCAGCCUGUCUCACGAAGGAACCUGAAGAUCCGACUCGGUAUAUAGAGAGACAGAAAUCAAGCCUAAUCGCAGAACGGCCGCCGUUUUUUAUCUUCGAGCCGUGUAACAUGUCACAGCUCUCAUAAGUUUGUAUGCGGACGUCUUGGAACGUGCUGGUGUACAAGACAUCAAAAAAGUUAAGCGGUGAAUUAUGGUCAAACAUUUUGCGCUAACAAUCAUGACAGUUUGAUUUACCCAAAACGCACAACCAUAGUCUAAUAAUAUGAAGAAAAGUAAUUCUGGGUUAAAUUAGUACAUUGAGCUUUAAGAUUUGUUCGCGGAGGAAAGCGAAAUUCCUAUCUGAAUAGAAUUUCGCCUUCGUCCCGCGAAUACCACCCAUGUAAACGAAAUUUGCGUCGUCGCUCUAUCUGGUCCUAUCUCAUUAUGUUUUACCACUCCGGUCUAACACAAAUGUUUCUUUUUGUCCGUGCAGCCGGCGUUGUCUUUGUGCGAAAUAGCGAACAAUACUCAAACUUACGGUCAGCGGUCAGCAUCUGCCAUGAGUGGCUCCAAUGAAGUUCCAAACCUUUUCACAUGUCAUGUUACUAUGAUUUAUUAUAUGGAGGAGAGUGUUUUACUGGGAACUAAACCACUCGUAGAUUCCAUACGCCACUUCAUCCGAGACCCGAGUGGCGUAUUUUCCGUAUGUCACCUUUGUGAGUGUCGUAUUGUUCAAUGACGUCACGAUUCCCGCCUUUUGCUUUUGUUGAAUUGGUUUCUCCAUAUAAUAAAAAGAACAUUACACGUUGGCUCGAAGAUAUGAAUUUUAUGUUCUCGUGGCAAGAACAAUAUCUCACUCGUUCGCUUCGCUCACUCGUGAGAUAUUGUUCUUGCCACUCGAACAUAAAAUUCAUAUCUUCUCGACACCGUGUAAUAUCCUCUAUAUAUAUUUCGACUUAGACUCGCAAUAACCAUCCUAGUGUAACCAGCUCCGGGCAACUGAUUCAAAAAACGCAGAGCGGAGGCUGAGAAGACAAAAGGGGAGGUGCCACCUCCCACUGCCUUAGAUAACGCGCAUCUUUACGUCAUAUUUUCGCUUAUCUUCUGAACGGUUCCUACCAUCAUUUGAGAGGCUGGCACAGACUAACUAACCUGUCGAAAAUCUCGUGAAUCACAUUAAAUAUUUAGACCUAAAACGUAGCAAUGUUAAUCUUGCAUUAGGAAAAGUGGUAGCUGCAGAUGUUUUCAACCCGUGUGAACUCUCGACCGACCAGUGGGUGAAAGCAGCAAAGAGUUUUGGUGCCAAAUACAUUGUUUUUACUAUCGAUCACUUUAGCGGCUUCCUCAUGUGGCCUAGCAAAACUGAUUACAAGUAUUCUGUCAAAUACACAAAGUGGAGAGAAGGCAAGGGGGAUGUUCUGUUAGACUUUAUUAAGUCAAGUAAAAAAUACGGGUUGGAACAUGGUGUGUUUUACAGUGUGCACAAUAACUGGUACAUGGGAGUAGACAACUAUACCACAGGAGACCCAGCCAGCCAGGAGCGCUAUCAAAAAAUUGUAGAGGAACAAAUGCAUGAGCUGUUUCACGCGCAGUCUCUGUACAAAGACCCUUUUUACAUCUGGUUUGAUGCCGGUAUUGUUCCUGGUGUGAGCCCCAAUGUUGGCCCAACAAUACGCGAUUUAGCAAAAAACUCCUUGUGUGACGAAUGUCCAACGUUUGCCGGUGAUCAAGGUUUGAGAUGGGUUGGGAACGAAAAUGCUAUGGCUCCUCUACCACACUGGUAUGCUGUACCCAAAGGAAAAUGCUCCAUGAAGACAAAUGAUGGUGAGUAGAAUUAAUAAUGGUAUGGUAUAGGCCUAUAUAGGCCUCGCGUGAGUUGGUGGUUUUGGAAAUUUCUGAUCCAAGGAUUACCAGGGUUUGGAGGCAUACUUUGUAUAACAUUUCAGUUCUUCAGUUUCUUUCAGCUAAGGAUAACUAAUGAUUUCUAAAUCUAAAUCUAAAUCUUAGUUUUGGGAAUGCAAUUCGCCGUUUUACAGCGAAUACAACCGUCUAGCCAGCUAUAAGGAACCUCUAGCGGCGAGGAGGAGGAGGCGAAACGGCUGUAUUCAGGGCAUUUGCAGAAUAUACCGUUUGUCCCUCUUUUAAUGCAACUCCGAGAAAUAAAUUCGGGCCCCUUUGGUUACUCACAACAAAUUCCCUCUAAUAUUUUCCGUGAUCGUGCUGGAGUGAAGAGAAUCCUGUGUUCUGAUUGGGCUACCCGCGUUGGUCCCGCAAGAAAAAGCACCUCUCGAUAAUAAAUCCUUUACUGACCAAGCUUGUUCGGCCAAGGUGGCUGGAUAUUGGUCUCGUCCUCUUUUGUGUUUUUAUAGACCUUGUCUUCGUCUCAGUCCAAAAAAGCGCAAAAAAGAACUUGGCCAAUAUUUAGCCAUCUUUACCUCAUGUUUGGUCAAUAACGCACUAAUACAAUCAUUCUACAACCGAUAUCGAGGUCUCGGAGGGCCUGCUAGCAAGCUCUCAGGGAAAGGGGGCUCUGGCGAAGGAAGACGGGAGCUUGCUUGCAGGCUAAAGACAAGUAGGCCAUAUUCUAAACUCAGAGUGUGUCACUUUAAAUUUAAUUAAUAUGAACCUAUAGGAUGAUUAACUAGGUCGCAUUAAAUGAAGGAAAGAAGUGCGUGUUAUUCGGUCUUGUCUAGACUGCAAAGCGGUCGUUUUUUUCUCAAAAUCAGUAAAGAAAUCGGUAAAGCGUGGCGUAAGAGCCUUACGCGAGCGAAGCGCACGAGUCUCACACGCCCGUAGGGUGUGUGAGGCGAGAGAGAAAAAAUUUUAGCGUCUCGUAUUUUUAGCGUCUCUCUCCAGUCUCGCUCUCUGUUUUUAGCCUCGUUCCAGACCUUUUGUUUGACUGCUCGCGCGUACUUGAAUACGCAAAAAUACGGACUGUUUCGAAGUCUAGGUCUUCAACUUGUCCGGAUAAUUUCUUUUUUUGUUGUUUAUUGAUGUUCAGCUUUCAGGUGAAAUCAUUUAAAACUUAUUUCAACCAACUUAUUUUUUCUUCACAGGCCAAGUGAUACAAGGCAAUCCCUCCGGAGAACUAUUUUGUCCAGCUAACUGCGAUACAGUGAUACGUGAACAUUUUUGGUUUUGGGAGCCCGAUACCGAAUACUCUGUAAAAAGCGUCUGUAGACUUGUUCAGGAAUACCUGACAAGCGUUGGACAUGGCUGUACACUGCUUCUCAAUAUCAAUCCCGAUACCCGCGGGAAAGUACCCGAGCAAGACCUCUCCACGUAUGAAGAGCUUGGGAGAGCGAUUGAACUGUUGUAUAAGGAGCCAGUAGCUAAAUAUUUCAGUCAGAAACUCCAUGUAGACAAAGAGAAAAAAUGGGAGUUUAAGACGUUCGUAAGCCUUAAUGGAUCCAUCGUAAUAAUGGAGGACAUUGCAAAAUUCGGUCAGUUAGUCAGGAGCUACGAACUUAAGGUUAAAACUGGUGAUUGCUGGAUUUCAAUAGAUGAAGAGGGCAGUACUAUUGGUCAUAAGAGAAUUCAUCCUUUUCCAAGAGCACUAGCAGAGAAAAAAAUAUCAGGAAUCAGUUUAAAAAUAAGGAAGCUUGUAACAGAACAAAGAGAUAUAACCUUAAGAGAGGUUUCUGUAUACAAAUGGGACGAAGCUGCGAAACAAAAUUUAAUUUAA